AGAGAGAGAGGCAGAGAGAGAAAGAGUGUGUGUGACUACAGCACACAAUAUAGAGGACAGGGGAGGAGGAGUGGGAAGUAGCUAAGGAAGUUUCUCUCACUGUUCUUUGUCAAUCUCAUUUUGUGGUUAAAAUUCCUUUUUUCUUUCUGCAACAUUUCUCGUGACCCCUGGAUAUCAAAUAUGAAAGGGGCAAGGAGAGUAGAGAGGAGUUCGGAGAAGAGUAGAGAAAAAGAAAAAGUGAUAACCAAAACUGUGAAACCAACUGAAGCGGCCCCAUUGGUUGGGACCACGUUGGUGGCUACCACCUGCGGAUCCCCUGGUAACACCUAUUCCGCCAUCUUGAGCCGCAAUGAAGCUGUGAAGGAUGCCAAACGGCUAAAAAACUUCCUGGAGCUCCGAGACAAGUACGUCCACAAGAAGGUGGUGUUUGAGGACCCUCUGUUCCCUGCUGACAACUCCUCACUCUUCUAUAGCUGCGCACCUCCCCUUAAUAUUGAAUGGAAACGCCCUUCGGAAAUCUGUGAUAAUCCCAAAUUCAUCAUUGAUGGAGCAAACAGAACUGACAUCUGCCAAGGAGACCUUGGUGACUGUUGGCUCCUAGCAGCCAUCGCUUGCUUGACACUGAAUGAGAAACUGCUGUACAGGGUCAUCCCACCAAAUCAGAGCUUCACUGACAACUAUGCUGGCAUCUUCCACUUCCAGAUCUGGCGGUAUGGGGAAUGGAUGGACGUUGUGGUGGAUGACCGGCUCCCAACAUGCAACAACCAGCUGGCCUUUACAAGGUCUGGGAAGAAGAAUGAGUUCUGGAGUGCUCUCCUGGAGAAAGCUUAUGCCAAACUCCAUGGCUCCUAUGAGGCCCUCAAAGGAGGGAACGCACUUGAGGCCAUGGAGGACUUCACUGGGGGCGUAACGGAGUUCUUUGAGGUCGAGGAGGCGCCCAAGGAGUUAUUCAGAAUCAUGAGGAAAGCCCUGGAGAGAGGCUCCCUCAUGGGCAGCUCCAUAGAUAAAGUAGUCUCAAGAGAACAAACAACCAAAACCUCCACAGGCUUAGUGAAAGGACAUGCCUACUCCAUCACUGCUGUUGAAGAGGGGGCCCAGAAGGACUUGAAAGACACCCGGAUUCGUCUGGUGCGUCUGCGUGACCCCUGGGGCAUAUCCGCCUCCCCCACCUGUGUGUCCAACAACUGGACAUCCCUGGUGCACUCCGACCAGGACAAAAAGAGGCUAAUGCCCAUCGAGGGGGGCGAGUUUUGGCUGUCUUUUCAGAACUUCCUUGAUAAUUUCACCAAGCUGGAGAUCUGUAAUUUAACCCCUGACACUCUUAAGGAUGACGGCACCAGUAACUGGACAGUGACCGUUAACGAGGGCCGCUGGGUGAAGGGCUGCUCUGCUGGAGGCUGCAGGAACUUCCCAGAUACUUUCUGGACGAAUCCUCAGUACCGCAUCUGUCUCCUGGAGGAGGACGAUGAACAGGAGGAUGAACAGAGGGGCUGCACUGUGGUCAUAGCCCUGAUGCAGAAGGGCAGACGGAAAGAGCGCCACAUGGGGGCGGUCCUCCACACCAUCGGCUUCUUCGUCUACGAGGUUCCAAAGGAGCUCCAUGGCAGCAAUAAGCCGCUGUCCACAGACUUCUUCCUGUACAACAGCUCAGCGGCGCGCAGCAAGUCCUACGUCAACCUCAGGGAGGUGACUGAGCGUGUGCGCCUGAUGCCAGGCGAGUACGUCAUCGUGCCCUCGACCUUUGACCCUCACAAGGAGAGCGAGUUCAUUUUGAGAAUCUUCACAGAAAAAAAGAGCACAUCAGAGGUGAUCGAGGGAACGAUCGAGGCUGAUGAGCCAGAGGAAUACAAGAAGAAGAAACUGAAGCCAGAAACUGAGCAGAAAAAGAAAGUCAAGCCAGGCGAACCUGAGGAGGAACAGGAGACUGAAGAGGAAAAGCAGUUCAGGCUGAUCUACCAGCAGAUUGCUGGGGAGGACAUGGAGAUUUGUGCCAAUGAGCUCAGAAGUGUCUUGAACAAGGUGGUGGCUAAACACAUUGAACUGAAGACAGUGGAGUUUAGCUUGGAAAGCUGCAGGAGCAUGAUUGCACUAAUGGAUACUGAUGGCAGUGGCAACCUCAACUUGCAGGAGUUCAAACACCUGUGGAAAAAGAUCAAAGAGUGGCAGGUGAUCUUCAAGCGCUACGACUCUGAUAGCUCUGGCACCAUUAAGAGUAAUGAGAUGAGGAACGCUGUGGAAGAUGCAGGUUUCCACCUCAAUAACCAGCUAUAUAAUAUUAUAGCCAUGCGUUACGCUGAUGAGAACAUGGAGCUGGACUUCGACAGUUACAUCUGCUGUCUAGUGCGGUUAGAGGGGAUGUUCCGAACAUUUAAGGCCUUUGACAAAGAUGGUGAAGGCAUGAUAAAGCUCAGUGUUCUUGAGUGGCUCCAACUGACAAUGUAUGCAUAAGCCAAGAGGAGUGACUCUACGUGGGCUUUUUUCCACUAAUGGUGCAAAGAAAUGGAAAUUUUCUCUAACCUCAAACAUGACCAAAGUGGGUCUGCAUGAGACCCAGAGGGUGUCCAUGCCAUUAGACAUCUGCACAGUACUGUAAAGUCUCAGGAAGGAGUUAUAGUCAGGUUCCCUCUGGUCAUUUGUCUGCCAUGUGUGAAGCAAGGACUGGCUGUUUAUUUUUAGGGCUGCUUAUGGUUUGAAAUGCUACAACAGUGUACAGGUUGGGUCACUGCCUUCUGUACACUGACCAGCUGCAAGGAGUUUUGUUUUUGCCACUUUUCUUCAUAACAAUAACUUCUUAUGAAAGUAUCAUGUUCUUAUUAAUGUCUUGAUACUGAUGUGACCUGUAAAUGUGAGGUAUGAUGCAUUAUGCCACUGAAUACACACCAUCUAUUUAUACGUUUGUUUGUUUGUCUCUGCUUUAAAUGAAUACUACACCGUAAAAUUCACAAAUAGAAUCCCUUUAAUAAAUCAUCAACCUUCCUCUAGAGCCAUAAUAAGGGGGUAUACCAAGCC